AAGUCCAAGCUGAUUUAUGAUUUAUGUUGCUUGCCCUCGUAAAAUGAACCAAAUAAAUUAUCAAUUUUUACAUUUGGGCCUUGAAUAGCUAGAAAUUUUAGGAUCCAAAAAUUAACUCAUUCCAUCAAACCCUCAUAUACUUUCACCAAACUCCGAUCACUUUCCCCAAUCACCACCAAUCUCCGUAGCAUAUUCUCCGCCCAACAAUGUUCCGUCACAGUUCCCGAUUCCUCACUAGAGCCGCCACCAGCACAAUGCGGUGGCGCCGCCCAUUCUCAUCCACCGAUCUCCCGGCGGAGUCCGUCGCCGAUUCCAAAUUCGCCGAAGCAUGGACCAAAGCAAUUCCCAAUGUUGACCCACCGAAAACUCCAUCUGCUUUCAUGACUCCUCGACCGCCUACUCCGUCAUCGAUUCCGUCAAAGCUCACUGUCAAUUUUGUCCUUCCCUACUCUUCUGAACUGUCGGGUAAAGAGGUUGACAUGGUUAUAAUCCCUGCUACGACGGGACAGAUGGGUGUUUUACCUGGGCAUGUGGCAACAAUUGCUGAGCUGAAACCUGGUGUCUUGUCAGUUCACGAGGGCAGCGAUGUGAACAAGUACUUUGUGAGUGGUGGAUUUGCAUUUGUUCAUUCAAAUUCUUAUGCGGAUAUAAUUGCUAUUGAGGCUGUACCUCUUGACCGCAUCGACCCCAAUUUGGUUCAAAAGGGCCUCACUGAAUUCACUCAGAAGCUAAGCACUGCAUCAACCGAUGUAGAAAAAGCUGAAGCCCAGAUUGGAGUUGAUGUACACAGUGCCCUUAAUGCUGCUCUCACUGGUUAAGCAAAUAGCAAUAUGAUCGUUGUCGUUGGCGAACUUUCUUUUUUCCUUUGUAUCUGAUAGACUACUUCACCCUUUUUGCAUAAGCUGAUGAUGAUGAUGAUUUCUAUUUCCAAGUCCUACAUUACUUGAAUAAAUGCUUCAAACAAGGUUUCUUUACAUGUCUGUUUUGCUGCUAUCUAAGCUGUAUGUUAAACUACAGUAAUGAGAAUAGAUUGUUCAAAAAGAA